UAUUCCUGACAGUACUACCGUACAUGCGACUGAUCGUGAUAUUGGAUUUAGUCUGCAACGAGUGUUCAACGCGCGCAGAGUAAAGCCCUCGGUGGGAAAUUUCCUUUCUUGUAAAUAAAAACAAAGCAAAUUACUGGCUUCCUCCGUUAGACAGCUAAAUUUCUAACUCACUCCAUCAUUUCUACGCUUUUGCAAUGGAUGUAACUAGUUGACUAUCGUGAAAGUGCAUUUGCUGACAAAAAAAACAUAAUUAAAAAGCGAAUGAUGAGGAGUGGCCGAAGAGAUCUUAAUUGAGUAAUUGAAGUUGCUACCAGGAAAAGCCACAAUGUACAAGGAAAAGAAGAACAAUGCUUGCAUUCUCCCCGUGGGACACGCGAGGAGAAUGCCAUCCGUGGAUAUAGAAUUCUCGGACAUCACCUACACAGUACCCAAUGGAAGAAAAGAUUCGAAAAUUAUUCUACGAGGAGUCAGUGGACAGUUCAAGUCCGGUGAACUCACGGGAAUACUGGGGCCUUCAGGUGCGGGGAAGUCUACCCUAUUAAACAUUCUGGCUGGUUACAAGUCAACCGGAAUAGCUGGACACAUAACCAUCAAUGGGGUCAAGCUAAAUUCGCGAAGAUUCAAGAAACUUUCUUGUUAUAUUAUGCAAGAGGAUCUGCUGCAGCCCAAACUUACUGUCCUCGAGGCUAUCAAUUUUUCAGCCGAUUUAAAAUUGGGAUUUCAUGUUGAUCGACAAACCAAGGAUGCCAUCGUGAACGAUAUCUUGGAGACUUUGAGACUGACAAAUGCGAGAGAAACAACAACCGAGAGAUUGUCAGGGGGCGAGCGGAAGAGGCUGUCGAUUGCCCUUGAACUCGUCAAUAACCCCCCGGUAAUCUUCUUAGACGAGCCAACAACAGGCCUGGAUGAUUUAUCAUCGAUACAAUGUAUAGAGCUUCUGCAGAGAGUAGCACAGAGUGGAAGAACAGUUGUUUGUUCAAUUCACACACCCAGUGCCAGUAUUUUUGCAAAAUUUCAUCAUGUUUAUGUUGUUACCGCUGGUCAAUGCGCCUACCGGGGUCCUACCGAUGGAGUCCUACCAUUUCUCCAACAGAUGGGCAUUAAUUGUCCGAUUCAUUAUAAUCCUGCUGAUUUUGUUAUCGAAAUUUCUUCGGGAGAAUACGGAGAAGUUUACGUGGAAAAAAUGGUAUCGGCAGUUGACACAAAAUGCCCGAUUACUCCAAUCUCUAGAUCACCAAAAUGUCAAUUCGAAAUUGACGAUAAAAAUAUUAAAAUACCCUGGUGGGAUCAAUUCUGCACUCUGUUACGAAGAAUGAUGCUGCAAUUUUACCGAGACCGAAGUUACAUUCUUCUAAAAAUAUCUUUGCACAUUUUUCUGGGCUUCGUCAUCGGUGGAUUAUUCCUUGGAAUUGGAAAUGACGGAUCAAAAACGCUCUUCAAUUUUGGCUUUUGCUUCGCCUGUCUCAUUGUCUUUCUGUUCAUACCAAUGUUGCCAGUGCUGUUACAUUAUCCCUUUCCUCUGGGGCUGGAAUCAAGGUCCCCCGUUGUUGAUCCUCAACUUUAUGUUCCUACGCAAGUACAACUCGUGAAACGUGAACACUUCAAUAGAUGGUACUCGAUAAGUCCCUAUUUCUUCGCAUUAACGUUAUCCACGAUUCCAGUACAGAUAAUUCUCUCCCUGAUCUACCUCUCGAUGGUCUACUUCUUCGUGGGUCAACCCCUGGAGCUCUUCAGAAUCGCCAUGUUCUUCAGCACUUGCAUAGUCUGUGUAUUUAUAGCUGAGAGCCUGGGCCUGGCCAUCGGUAGUACCCUCAGCAUCGUAAAUGGUAUAUUCAUGGGGCCUGUGAUAUCGGUCCCUCUGAUGCUGGUGGCAGUCCAGGGACUGGGUGAGCAAGACCCUCUGCCAUUUUAUCGCCUCGUCCCCAUGUACCUCAGUUACAUAAGAUAUGGUCUGGAGGCACUUUGUGUCGCUGUCUUCGGAUAUGGGAGGAAGAAUUUACCCUGUCCUCCUGAAGAGGUCUAUUGCCACUACAGCAUUCCCAAGGAGAUGCUGCGAAGUAUUGGAAUGGUGGAGUCAGGAUUUUGGAGCAAUUUUCUGGCCCUCGUCGUCAUCCUGAUAAUCAUCAGGGCGAUUACUUAUUAUUUAUUGAGACAGCGUCUCCAGCCCAACAAGACAUUUCAAGCGUUACAUCUGAUUGGGAGACUUGUCAAGAGCCAUCUGAGCAUGGACUGAUGACAAUUUUAUGGACUUUAUGUUUAUGAAAAAUUGUACAAACAAUGUUAUAGAAUUUUCGCAAAUCCCAAGUCUUAUGGUUGUGCUUGAACCAAACAAAAAUAAAUUAUAGAAAAUUUUGAAA